AUGCACAGUUUGGCCAAAAAUAAAACUGAUACUGGUGUACAUGCUCUCUGUAAUACAGCUCAUGUUGACAUACAGAAUUCGUGCAAUGGUAUUUAUAAUCCUAGUAUAGUAUGUAAAGACGUAAAUAGAUACCUAACAAAAUGUAGACAUGAUAUCAGACUUUUAGAAUUUGUGCCUGUAAAGGAAACGUUUCAUGCCAGACAUGUGGCAACCCAAAGAAAAUAUAUCUACAGAUUUAUGAUACCUAAGGUAUCUACUAAUCACCAAUUACCAUUAAUUGAGAAAUCGCAUACCCACUGCUUUAGGGAUAAAAAUUUUGAUAUAGAACGAAUGAAACGUGGAGCGAGGCUCUUUUUAGGAACAAAAGAUUUCAAGACAUUUUCAGCAUCUCCAAAAACCAAAACAAAUUUAUUAUAUCGUAGAACCAUUGAUGAAUUCACUGUAGAAAAAAGUCAUCCGCUUAUGCCUAUGGAUCCUUUGUCACAAAAUUAUGAAUUUUGGCAAGUUUUGUGUAGCUCAAGAUCUUUCUUAUACAAUCAGGUGAGACGGAUGGUAACUGCUUUGUUACACUUAGGUGCUGGAUAUAUCACAGAAAGGGAUAUAAACUGCAUGUUACAAGUUCCAAAUCAUCAAAAUUGGAUAAGGCACUUGCCACUAGUACCACCAUCAGGUUUACAUUUGAUAAAUGUGGAGUAUUCACAAGAAACCUUAGAUAAAUACAUUAUCAAAUGCAAACCAACAACGCCUAACAACCCUAUAGUUAAACCAAUCGAUUUAGAUGAGACAUAA